GACUGCAGAAGCUAGGCAGCAAGCGAUGCAGAUGGAUUUAAAAACUGAGAACGUCGACCACUAAAGCAGAUGCGAGCACAGUGUAAAAAAACAUUGACUUUUCCAUAUGAGGUAAGGGACACAAAAAACGGGGCGGCGUUAACCACCGCAACCGACCGACCCACGGCGUGAAACCUUCGGAAACGUGGUGGGGUGUGUGCAGACUCGGAGUGGUCCGACCUGCUAGCGUUUCUGUAGGUGAAAAUCAGAGGCUUCAUUGGUCGGUUCGUUCCCUGGAGGUUGGAGCUAAAUCCACAAAAUGGAGGACUCCGACAGCAGCAAGCCCAUGGUGGUGACAUCAUCUCUGAAUUUCAAAGUCACCACUCCGUCUUUCUACAACCAGCCCAAGAAGUUCGCUUCUGUGGCUCCUCCGAAGCCCAAAAGUCAGACUCCUCCCUCAGGUCCAUCACCAACACCCCUAGGGAUGGCUGUUAUUGGUCAAGUUGGAAACAUUCCUCCACUGCCCUCAUUACUCUGUGAUGACUUCCCACCCCCUCCUCCUCCCCCUUCCUUAGUGGAUGAUGAUCUGCCGGCCCCUCCCCCUGAAUGCAGCAUCCCACCUCCUGCCUCUGAUGCCCCUGCUUUUCCUGCUCCACCUCCAGUGGCUGAUGACCUCCCCCUCCCAUCUCCCCCUGAGGAAGCUGCCUGUCCACCCACCUCUCUCUCUCCCCCUCCCCCUCCUCCCCCUCCACCUCCACCUCUUCCUGCCUCCAAUUCCAGUUUUCCCAUUGCUGCUGAGAACUCACAGAGACAAAUGGGGAAGCAGACGAGCUUUGACAAACAGCUUGAUUCUUUGACUAAUUUCUUGUCUGAGAUGGAAACCAGAGGACCUUUCAAUCCGAAGGUACCAAGCCAGUAUUCAUCUGCACCAGCGCCCAAGCCUCCAGGUGCUCCUCCAACUGCUCCCAAACCAGCCCUUUCCUUCCUUCCACCUCCUGAGAUGGGAGACCGCCCCCCUCCUGCUCCCUGGGCGGAGGAACUCAAAGCUAGAACGAACCCCAGCGCUCAGCCAAUCACUAAGGCCCCCGCUGUGGCUCCGAAGUACGGAGGGAGGACAGCGACAACGUCAUCUGCUUCACUGGCACAAAAGAUCAACCAGAACCUGAACCAAACAGCCACCCCAAUAAACAGUGCACCAAAACCUUCUCCUUCAACAGCCACCAGCUCAUUCCCUUCACCACCGGCAGCUCCGCCCGCACCGCCUGCUCCACCAAAUAACGUAGCUGCUGCACCUCCAGCGCCUAAACAUGUAAAGACUUCUCCAUUUGGGAGUCGGGUGAAUGCAAACCAAAACCUUCUUGCUGCUGUGUCUCCUCCUCAACCCAAGACGAUUGCAUCUCCUCCAUCCUCCUUCAGCCAACCAAUGAAAACAAGCCCUUCAUCAACGCCGUCCCCUCCUGGCCCAGUUUCCAUUCCCGGCGGCAGCGUCCCACUAAGCAUGAGGGAAGUGGAGGAGCUGGAGAAAAUGACCCAGGACUUCAUGAAAAACAUGGACAAACAAGCUCCCAUCAUCACCUCCCCUCCAACAGAGGUUUGUGGGAAGUGUGGCGAGGCUCUGUCCCGCACUCAGCCAGCAGUAAGGGCGAUGGAUAAACUCUUCCACUCCAACUGCUUCUGUUGCAUGAGCUGCCAUCGCCCCCUGCAGGGCAUGCAGUUCUACGACAGGGACGGCUCGCCGCAAUGUGAAGACUGUUAUGUGAAUUCCCUGGCCGUCUGCUCUCGAUGUGGGGAGAGAAUCACCGACCGUGUGCUGAAGGCGGUGGGACAGAGUUUCCAUGCCCACUGUUUCCGCUGCAGCACCUGCUCCUGUGUACUGGAGGGCGCACCAUUUAUCACUGAUGACAACAACAAUCCCUACUGUGUGCAGGAUUACCACAGGCGUUUCUCUCCUCUGUGUGUGAGCUGUAAUGAACCCAUAGUUCCAGCCCCGGGCAGUGAGGAAACGGUCAGAGUGGUGGCCCUCGACAAAAACUUCCACCUUAAGUGUUACCGCUGUGAGGAUUGUGCUCGCCCACUCUCCAUUGAGGCGGAUGAAAACGGCUGUUAUCCACUGGAUGGCAAGAUCCUGUGCAUGAAGUGCCACACCAAGCGAGCCAAGCAGGCCGCGCAGUGAUUGGCUGCUGCCGCAUCUCUCAGUUAAACUAUGAACCAAAUCCAAAAGCACAGGAUUAAUCCAGAUGCCGAUUUGCCUUUGCAACAGGGCUUUUAGUUUAUGUGCGCAGGUGUGUUUGGCUGUGUGAGACUGUACUGCAUCGUUAAAAAAUAAAAAGGUGUUUGCAUGCAGAUUUAGUGUAGUAUUCCUCUAGUCUUUGACCACUUUAGCCAGUGCAGAGGUAAUGUACUGCACUGAAUUAAAGCCCCUUGUGUAUUAUUGCAGAUCUGCAAAGCUCCAGUCAUCCACCUAGCUUUUUAUUGUCUGUAUACUCCAGCAUAGUUUAAUGUGCCAAAUCAAUGUUUACGUUAAAAUUACAGCAGAACUUGCACAAGAGCCAUCUGAUAAAUAUAAAGUUGCCUUUCUCUGUCUCUUUCCUAAAAAUUGUAAAUAAGACCAAGAACUGAAAUAUUUCCAUUUCCAUUCUUCUGGGUUUUUUUUCCUCUACGCUUUCUACCUUUUGUUUUUGGUUCCACAACUGACUUGUUAGAGAUGCACCGAUCAGAAAUUCAUGGCCAAUUUCCCAUCUCCAGUUUUUGUAAACCUUUGCCGAACCCGACUUUAGCCGAUACUGACUUUUUUUUUUUUUUCUUUAGGAGUGGAAAUUAACAUCAUUUUAAAGCAUUCCUACUGUGAUUGGUCAUAAUUUAUUUAUGUUGGGAGCAGAGGUGAUGUCACAGUUUGUGAGCGGGAACAGUCGUUAAACAGGAUUUUAUUAAUUUCAAAUUAAGAUAGGAUGAUUACAGAAUUUUAACACGGUUUAAACUACCGUUAAUAUCUUAGAUUAGAAUAUGUAUACGUUAUCUGUAGCAGCCUGAAUAAACAGCCGACAUGGAUUUAUCUUUAUCUUUGGUGCUUUUUUAUGUUUUCAUUUUUCCAACAUCUCACUGAUGCUGAAUAGAGCUUACUUUGAGUCAUCUUUUCCCCGUAACAACGUUCACACCGAUGAUGACUGACCUGGUGUGGUGCAUUCACUGAUCAGAAAAAGAUCAGAUUUUUCCGUCUCCAAGUGCUCUGGCAAGCUGAAAAGAUUCCGAUACCAGUCAACUGGCCAACUUCUCGGUGUAUCUCUUAAGAUUUUUACAACGGAGCAAGCAGCAUCAGCAACCUGGUCGUUAAGAAUUUGUCCCUGCAAAUGUGGUUAAUGAUGCUUUGCAGUCUAAAAAUGCUUGUAUCAACUGAUUUACUCUGCUGCAGAAACUGAAAAACAGUGAAUGUUGCUAGAAGCUUCCACUGUGUGAAUCUCUCAAUUUUUAGGCAUGCGUUUGACUUGCAUCUUUGCAUUCUCUUUAGUAAAUGAUACUGCGUGUAGGGACAGAUUUUGAAAACAAAAAAUCAACUAUUGAUCAACAAAUAGAGUAGCACAAAUUUGCCAAGCACAGAUAUCCUUAGCUGUGGGUCAAAAAAAUAUUAAAAGCGGAUCAGUUAUGUCAGUAGCAUGGCUGAAAGCGGGACCUGUAAUGUAUUCUUGCACAGUGCCAAUUUAAAUAGUGUUAUGGUUUCACUUUGAUUUAGAAGAAUCCCUGCACAUAAUCAUUUUUAAAUAAAAAGAAGUAUAGAUCUAUAGUAGUUUUAAAUGUCAGCAUUUCUUAAAAUCUUUAAUGUAAGUUAUGGAUCUAAUGUUAAAAUGUAUUAAGCUAAGUGUCUGACAGCAGGAUCAUGGAACUGUAGAAGCAGUUAGAUUUCACAAAUGUGUCUAAGCAGGUGACAAAAUCAAGUUCAGUAAAAUGGAAAGCUUGGAUUUAAUGUUUGGCAUUCUUAUUGUCCAGUUUUUUUCUUUUAACAAGUUGUGAAAACCACUAUUUUUGUUAAUUCAGCCUUCCAUACUUGAGUUUGUUCAUGUCAUUUACAUAAAUGUUUUUCUUACAUUACUGCAAUGUCUUUCAUUCAUAAAAUGCCACAUUUUCUAUUUUGGGAAUGCUCCUUUUCCAGUAUUUCACUGUGUUUCGUUGUUUUUCUUCAGUGAACCUUGUGGGCAGUUGUGGAAAAUAAUUUGAGGGAGAAAAUUGUUUCUUGCUCUUGAAUUAAGCCUGGUGUGACAAAACACCAGAAAGAACAAAAACAAGAUGAUAGUGAUGCAUGCUUUUCUCCUAGUAUUAUGUCUUCUGUAUUAUGCACCGAUGGUUUUACCUUCUUGCCCGCCCGUGUCUUUUCCAUAACUGUGUAUUUUUGAAAUAAUGAUCACAGCUUUAUUUACCUGGUAUUACAUUGGGCAUCAUUGUAUUACCCGUGAAUGCAUUGUCCUUACCUGUAGCUUUUUUAUAUAUAUAUAUAUAUAUAUAUAUAUAUUUGAUAUGUAAGAAUGUUAUAACUUCAUCAUUUAGCCCAGACCCUUCUUAUUGUUUUGGCUGUAUUGGAAGAUCAAAUUAAAAACAAAAGCUUAUUACCUAA